UUCCAUUUCCUUGUUGAUUCCCACUCUUCAUCAAAAGUUGUCAAAUCUUUUAAAAAAUGAGUUUUUCAUUUCUCACACUUCUUCAUCUCCCCCUCCUCAUUUCUUAUUUGGCAUUUGUUGAUGGAGCCAUUGCUAAAGGCUCAAAAGCAAAUGAUCUGAUCAAUGCUCCCCUCCUCACCUCAAAGUUGCCCGUAAACCCGAGCCGUACACUCAUUGUUAGCAAAUCAGGAAGGGAUAACUUCUCCUCCGUUCAGGCCGCGAUCAAUGCCGUCCCAGAAAGAAAUUCUGAGUGGAUCAUAAUCCAUGUGCGAGCUGGAGUUUAUCGAGAGAAGAUUGUGAUUCCAGAGAACAAACCAUACAUUUUUAUGAGGGGUAAUGGCAAAGGCAAAACUUCAAUUGUGUGGAACGAUAGCUUGCAGAACAAUACCAAGUCUGCCACCAUCACUGUCAAAGCUGAUAACUUCAACGCAUUUGGGAUUAGUUUUAAGAAUGAUGCUCCUUUAGGUGCUGCUAAUACACCCUUCAACCAAUCCGUGGGAGCGAAAGUGACUGGUGACAAAGUCGCCUUCUACCACUGUGGCUUCUACAGUAAUCAUAACACCCUCUUUGAUCACAAGGGGAAGCAUUUUUACGAGAGCUGCUACAUCCAGGGGAAUAUCGAUUUUAUCUUUGGCCGUGGCCAAUCCAUUUUCCAGAGCUGCGAGAUCUUCGUCCUCCCGGACCGGCGAACCGCCAUCCUUGGAUCAAUAACGGCCCAAAACCGGCAAUCUCCCAAUGACAGCAGCGGCUUUGUGUUUAUAAAAUGCAAGGUAUAUGGUGUUGAUGAGGUAUAUUUGGGUCGAGCCAAAGGGGCCCAUUCACGGGUCAUUUUCGCCAAAUCCUACCUCUCGAAGACCAUCACCCCAGCAGGCUGGACCAACUGGAGCUAUGAUGGCACCACCGACCAUUUGCUAUAUGGGGAGUAUUCAUGCUAUGGUCCAGGCGCGAACCCGGUUCACCGAGUGCAUUGGUCACGCCAGCUGACCUCGGAGGAGGUUGCUCCCUUCCUGUCCAUCGAUUUCAUCAACGGGAAGGACUGGCUGCUAGCCUAUUACGACUAA